AUGCCAAUGUCAGGCAGGCUUAAAUAUGAGACAAUAGAUUCAGAUUUCCAGACUCACAGGAACCACACAAAUUUAAAAAACAAUCUCCUAUGGAUCUUCCAGAAUCUAGAGAACAAAAUAAUCACAUUUCUGAAGAAUGAACUGAAAAGGUUUCAGAAAAUAUUACAAAAGGAAAACACACAUUACUUUGUUAAGGACUUUAAUGAGAAUAGAUGCAGUAUCAAAGAAGCAGCUCUUGAACUCACACUACACUUCCUGAGAGAGAUCAAGCAAGAUGAAGCUGCUAAUACUCUAGAAGAUGAGCUGUUAUUCAUCCAUCAACUAAAAUGUGGCCUAAAGGAGAAGUAUAAAUGUGUGUUUGAAGGAAUUGCAAAGCAAGGUGACUCCACACUUCUAAAUAACAUCUACACAGAUCUCUAUAUCACUCAGGGUUGUAGUGAACAGGUCAAUACUGAACAUGAAGUAAGACAGAUUGAAGUUACUUCCAAGCAUCAUAAUUCACAAGAGAUAAAGGUUGAAUGCAAAAAAAUGUUUGAAGCACCUGAACAAGACAAAGAGAUCAGAACUGUACUGACAAAAGGUGUUGCUGGCAUCGGAAAAUCAGUCUCUGUGCAAAAGUUUGUUCUGGAUUGGGCUGAAGGAAAAGAAAAUCAAGAUAUCAGCUUCAUAUUUCCUCUUCCAUUAAGAGAGAUGAACUUAAAGGAGAAAGAAACCCAAAGUUUGAUGAAUCUUAUAACUCAGUGUUUCACAGAGACAAAAGGACUGAACCUUACAAGAAGAAAUAAUUUCAAAGUCCUGUUCAUCCUUGAUGGAUUGGACGAAUGUCGUCUUCCUCUAAACUUUGAUGGUAAUGAGACGUGGUCUGAUGUAUCGUCACCAGUCUCUCUGGAUGUUCUCCUCACAAACCUCAUCAAGGGAAAUCUGCUUCCUUCUGCUCUCAUCUGGAUCACCACCAGACCAGCAGCUGCCAGUAAGAUUCCUCCUGACUGUAUCGACCGGGUAACAGAAAUACGAGGAUUCAAUGAUGCACAAAAGGAGGAGUACUUCAGAAAAAGAUUAAAGGAUGAGAAUCUGGCCAAAGAAAUCAUUGAUCAUGUUAAACAAUCAAAGAGUCUCUUCAUCAUGUGCCACAUCCCAGUCUUCUGCUGGAUUUCAGCCACUGUUCUCCAGAAUAUCUUGGAAGAGAAAAGAAGUAAUGAUCUGAAAAGCAAUGAGUCUGGUGAUGCCUCCAAAACACUGCAGGAAUCAAAUACUGAAGACACUCCUAAGACUCUGACACAAAUGUACACACACUUUCUCCGCUUUCAGAUCCAGCAGAGCAGACGAAAGUAUGAUGGAGAAUACAGACCAGAUGUUUCCUGGGAUAAAGAUGCUAUACUUUCACUGGGGAAACUGGCAUUUCAUCAGCUAGAUAUAAGCAAUGUAAUCUUCUAUGAAUCAGAUCUGGAAGCCUGUGGUAUUGACGUCUAUAAGGCAUCAGUGUAUUCAGGCAUGUGUACCCAGAUCUUUAAGGAGGAAACAGGGAUCAUUCUUGGUACCAUGUACUGCUUUGUUCACUUGAGCAUUCAAGAGUUUAUUGCAGCCCUUUAUGCUCAUUUGUUUAUAGACAUUAACCUGAAGAAAACGGGAAACAAAAAUGAAGCCAUGAUUGAUUUUCUCAAGACUGCAGUGGACAAAGCACUCGAGAGUGACAAUGGACACCUGGACCUUUUCCUUCGCUUCCUUCUCGGUUUGUCACUCCAGUCCAAUCGGCUACUCUUACGAGGUCUGUUGACACAGGAAGAUGGCAAUGACCAGAGCAAAAAGGAAAUAGUUCAGUACAUCAAGCAGAAAUUAGAAGCUAAUCUGUCUCCAGAGAGAUCCAUCAAUUUGUUCUACUGUCUGAAUGAACUGAAUGAUCAAACUCUGGUGAAAGAGAUUCAGACCCACUUUAACAAAGGAAGUUUCUCAUCUUCUGACCUUUCACCUGCUCAGUGGUCUGCUUUGGUCUUUGUGUUGUUGACAUCAGAGGAAGAGAUGGAGGAGUUUGAGCUUCAGAAAUUCAAGAAAUCAGAUGAGUGUCUCAUCAGACUAUCAGCAGUCAUCAAAACCUCCAAAAGAGCUUUGCUAAAUGAUUGUGGCUUAACAGACAGAAGCUGUUCAGCUCUGACUACAGUUCUUGGAUCAGAUACCAAUCUGAAAGAGCUGAACAUGAACAAUAAUAAUCUGCAGGAUUCAGGAGUGAAGCUUAUCUGCACUGGUCUGGAAAAUAUAAGGUGUAAAUUAGAGAUACUGAGACUCUCAAACUGCAGUAUCACUGAAGAAGGUUAUACAGCUCUGGCUUCAGCUCUGAGAUCAAACCCUUCACACCUGAUAGAGCUGGAUCUCACAGGAAAUGAUCCUGGACCAUCAGGAGUGAAGCAGCUCAAUGAUUUACUACUGGAUCCAAACUGUCAACUGAAGACACUGAGUCUGUGUAACUGCAGUAUUACAGAGGAAGAGUGUCUCAUCCUGACUUCAGCUCUGAAAUCAAACCCAUCACACCUGAGAGAGCUGAACCUGAGCAGGAAUAAACUAGGAGACUCUGGAGUGAAAAACCUCAGUGAUCUACUGAUGAACCCACAAUGCAAGCUGGAAAAACUAAAUCUGUGUAACUGCAGUAUUACAGAGGAAGAGUGUCUCAUCCUGACUUCAGCUCUGAAAUCAAACCCAUCACACCUGAGAGAGCUGAACCUGAGCAGGAAUAAACUAGGAGACUCUGGAGUGAAAAACCUCAGUGAUCUACUGAUGAACCCACAAUGCAAGCUGGAAAAACUAAAUCUGUGUUUAUGUAGUAUUACAAAGAAACAGUGUCUCAUCCUGACUCCAGCUUUGAAAUCAAACCCAUCACACCUGAGAGAACUGAACCUGAGCCAGAAUAAACUGGGAGACUCUGGAGUGAAAAACCUCAGUGAUCUACUGAUGAACACACAAUGCAAGCUGGAAAAACUAAAUCUGUGUUUAUGUAGUAUUACAAAGAAACAGUGUCUCAUCCUGACUCCAGCUUUGAAAUCAAACCCAUCACACCUGAGAGAACUGAACCUGAGCCAGAAUAAACUAGGAGACUCUGGAGUGAAAAACCUCAGUGAUCUACUGAUGAACACACAAUGCAAGCUGGAAAAACUAAAUCUGUGUGGAUGCAGUAUUACAGAGAAACAGUGGCUCAUCCUGACUUCAGCUCUGAAAACAAACCCAUCACACCUGAGAGAACUGGAACUCAGUGAGAAUAAAAUAGAAAACACAGGAGUGAAGCACUUAUGUGACGUACUGAAGAAUUCACACUGUAAACUGGAGAGAUUGAGGUUAAUGUACUGUUAUAUGACAGAUGAAGGUUGUUCUACUCUGACUUCAUUUCUGAAAUCAAACCCAUCACACCUGAGAGAGCUGAACCUGAGCGGGAAUAAACCAGGAGACUCUGGAGUGAAACACCUCUGUGAUCUACUGAUGAACCCACAAUGCAAACUGGAGAAACUAUGUCUGUGUGGAUGCAGUAUAUUGGAGAAGCAAUAUCUCAUCCUGACUUCAGCUCUGGAAUCAAACCCAUCACACCUGAGAGAGCUGGAACUCAGUGAGAAUGAACUAGGAGACUCUGGAGUGAAAAACCUCUGUGAUCUACUGAUGAACCCACAAUUCAAGCUGGAGAAACUAGAUCUGUGGAGAUGCAGCAUUACAGAGAAACAGUGUCUCAUCCUGACUUCAGCUCUGAAAUCAAACCCAUCACACCUGAGAGAGCUGAACCUGAGUUUGAAUAAAAUAAAAAACACAGGAGUGAAUCACUUAUGUGACGUACUGAAGAAUUCACACUGUAAACUGGAGACAUUGAGAUGA